AUGGAUAGAGACGAAGAUGCUUUAAGAGGACAAGAGGAUGGGUUGAAAGAAGAUAUAUUGGCUUUAAAAGCCCAGAUUGAAGAAAGUGAAUUGAUUCACGGAAUUCCGUCGAAAGGAAUGAGUUCAAUAUACGUACCAAAGGAUCCAGAACACUUUAAUCGUGAACGCAAACGUGCUUUACAGAGAACUAUGCAGGUUCUUGAACCUCAGUCUAUUAUUAUUCAAGCGGACCUAAUGGAAAAAGAAUUAGAUGCCUCAUCAAGGCGUGAGUACACUGAGAAAUCACUACCGAUUCUUUUGCAUCAAAAAGAAAACAGUGCUAUAAAGAGAGAUAAUUUAUUAGAUAAACAGAAUUCCCAUGAGUAUAAGGUCUCGACUGGAACAGGAUCAAUUCAAGAAAUUCGUAGUCCAUUCAGUAAUUCCAGUGGCAAUAGAAUUCAGAAAAGCGAUUUACGUACAGCUGAUGAUGACAGAACAAAUGAACAAACUGGAAACUCAUCUACAAACCAGGCUGAUAGUAAACAGGGAGUAAACGAUCAAAUCAUGACCACUGUGUUGAAAGAAACCACAAAUGAAAAUAUAAGUACAAAAUCAGUCAGUUUUAAACCUGAAAUGGAAAGAACAAGUGUCAUACACAAUGAGGUAAUUUCCGGAACCGUUUCUGAACAAACACGUCAACAAUCAAGAAAGAUAAAUGGAAUAACUACAAAUAAAAAUGACCCGUUGUUAUCAGCAACAACUGAUGUCUUAAACGGAAAAAUGUCUGUUUUACCACUGCUUACAAGUGAUCUGGAAAUAUUACGACCACAUUUGGUGUUAUUGUGUCAAACAUAUAAUAUUCAGAUAGUAGAUUUAUGUACAAGACAAUCAUACCAUCAGUUAAGAGAUUCAUCAAAAAUCGAUUUUGAUAAUAUGGAGAAAUGUUUAAAAGACGGAACGGAUGAAAUGGAAUUAUUUGCCGUAAUCAAUCGUAAAUUUAAACAUAUUUUCAAUCAUCAAAAUGAAAUGUACGAUUUUAGGACGUAUGAUCACACAAAAGCUGUUAGUGAUAGUUGGGGAUUGGAUACAUGGGUGCAUGCUAUGAAAAAGCCUAGCAAUUGGGUGCAGUUUGUAAAACUGAAACCGAAACGAGAUAAAUAUUUAGUAGAAGCUAUGACGGAACUCAAAUGCAAUACAACGAUAGACGAUCUCUUGUUGACAGCCUCAAAAUUUUUACAUGUCAGAUCGUCAGAAAGUGUGCAAGAUGCAUUACGUCAUCACGUGACAGUUGUUCAACAUCCACCUAAAAUACAAACAGCAUCAGUUGUAUCGCAUAAAGCUGGUCAAAAUACUGCUGAAAUAUUUAAGAGGAUUUAUACAGUUCCUGAACUAUGUUCAAAUUCUGUUGGAUCCGAUGAAGGUGGGAAAAUCAGAUGUGAGGAUUAUGAUUUUAUUCAAGCUAUGCAAAUGUUGGGAUUAGAUGAUGAUGCAAGUGGAUCGAAUGAUUCAGCUGGCGUACAAGGUGCUUAUUUAUCUUUUUUACAUUUAAGACACUUGAAAUUAAGAGAUUUAAUGCGAACAUGUUUAUCUGUUUUAAAUUAUUUUCGAUCCAUUGAAAGAACAUUAACAAUUAAUGAUCAAGGUUUAUCAAUGAAUGUAAAAGGUGGAGAACGCACAAGUCCACAGAACCAUAGAGUAGGCAUAGAUGGUCAGGAUAAUCAAGGCGGUGGCAAUACACUAAUCAAUCAUGGUUAUCUUUUCAAUACCCCUGAGGAAUUCAAAGUUAAAGAAUUUGACUUCAUGCAAUUUGCUGACAUAGAAAAUCAUGAUGAUUUCUAUUAUCAUGAACAAGACAGAAUACAUGUCAAAGAUCAAGUUGGUUAUUGGAUUGUCUAUGAUUGUGCAUUAAAUGAUUUCAGAGAACUAGAAAACGAUUUACUUAUUAAUGCAACAAAUUUUAUACAAAACUAUGGAACGAAAUCCAUGACUGCUAAUCAAACACAGAAACAUACGAUGAUUGAUAGUCAAAAGGAGGAAAUUGAUCUUGCUUUAUAUGCUCAACGUGACGUGGAUCGAUUUGGCAUAUUAUAUGACAUUUGGGCAUAUGAAACUGCUUUCCAGGAAACAAAGAAAAGUCUAAUGGAUAUUUAUUUAGAAGCAUACAGUCAUAUCACAUCAAGAGAUAGUCGACGAAGACUAGCACAAAUAAUGACUGAUUUAAUGUAUCAAAGACCUAGACUAGAUUUGAAUGAAAGUUACUUUGUUACAUCAUACAAAUAUGAAUGUGCUAUUUUAAGACAACGUAAAGAAAUAAUGAGAUCAAUUUUAAGUGAUCAAAUUUCAAACGAACGAGAAUAUCUGAAAAAUCUAAAUACAGAUGAAAUAAUAUAUGGCUUACCACCACCAUUGAUAGAAAAAUUUUUAAUUGCUCCAAGUACAGAUGAGCCAGUAUUAGGUCCAGUUUAUUUAUUAGAAUUUCAUCCAUCAUUAGCAUGUACACCAAGUUUAAUUGAAUCAAUGGAUGAAAGUGUACGUACCAUGAUUACCAUGUUAACACCAAAACAUCAAAUUCAACGAAUAAUAUUAGAAAAAAUAUUUUUUGAUUAUUUAAAAUAUGAAAUCGAUACAUGGAGACCAUUAGGAAUAUCUUAUUCAGCACAAAUUCAAAAAGAUUUGUUUUCACCUCAUUUCAUUGAAAAUGUAGUACAAAUGUCAGAAUUAUGCAAUGAAUAUGUAUCAUCUGUGGAACAACGUAAUGCACGUGGUGAUAAAAAAACUCGUCAAAACACUAUCAUAAAUGAAUUGGGUCGUUUAUUAGAUUUAAUUACAAUACGUCAUCGUUUAAUUGAUUGUAUGUGGGAAUGUGAAAUUUUAUCCAAAUUAUACUUGGAUUUAUCAAAUCUAAUGGGUUUCAAUGAUUUCCAUUUAUUUCUUCGACCAUUACAAUUUGAAUCGGCUAAAUUUAAAGAAGGAGUUGAAGAAUUGAAACCACCAAUGUAUAUUACAUCUAUUCAUGAUGAUGAUUCUUUAUUGGAUAAAUAUUCACCUUCUUCCUUACCACUUGCUAUUCACGAAUUAGAUGAAGCACAAGUUGGAAAAUUUUCAUUUCGUGGUAAAGGUACAAUUAUGGAGUUGCUGGAACCAAGGGGAAUAGAAAAUAUGCUAUCUAUAUUGCAAGUUCAAACUGUUCAUAAAAAUGGUUUGAUUGCUGCCAUUUUAUUAGCAUUCAAUGGAUGUCCUGCAUUUUACACUGCACAUGCUCCUAAAACCAAAAAUGGCCUCAUUUGUACUGCUGAUCCUGCAAGCAGCGCGAUAAACAACACUGAUACCGGUCCAAAACCUUUAGCUGUUGAGCGGUCAACUCACCAAUUAAAUGCGGAGUAUUAUCCAGAAGCAUUUUUCUCCAUUCAAUUGGAAAAGGGACCAAGUCGAGAUCGAAUACACAAUGCUUACAUCAAAAAGACACAAGGUGGUGGAGCCGCUGCAUCUAGAAGUACUGAAGAAAGUGAGAAAAUGAAACGUGAUUUUAUUUCAAGAUUUUGUCAUGAUUACAGUGAACGUGUACAGCAUACAUCGCUUAGAGCACAAAUAAUUGAAACCUAUAGUUCCAUAUUGACUACUCUUGAAAAUAUACCGAUUGUUCGGAAAGAAUUUUUUAUAAUCGGUUAUGCUUUUGAAAAGAAAUCACCGGAAGAAGCUAUAAAUAAACAAGAAACCAGUCCUAGAGCAUUACGUAACCGUCCUCGUCGUGUAUUAUCUUCAGAUGGAACUGAAUUUUAUAAUUUAUGGUUUAUACCACAUUUUAUUGAAGUUUUAUUUUUAUUUCGUGAUUUGAAUAAUGAAGCUUGCACCAAAGCAUUACGUUUAAUGGCUAGAAUAGCUCGUGCAUUACAUGAUAUUUUGCAUUGUUUAGUUGCAUUCGCUAGAUUAGGCAUUAGCUCUUCAAAGAUCACUGUUGAACAACAACAGUUAACAUCAGUGACGUCUGAAAAAAAUCAAAGUAGAAAAAACUCGUCAACUCCUAAAAACACAGUCAUAUCUCCGAAACGAACAUCUACAAACAUUAAAUCAACUAGUUUGAAUAAAAGUAUACCAUCGACGUUAUCAACGCAAGUCGAGCGUACUACACCGUUAAAUUUCGACUUACGAGGGCGUAAUCUGGUUGCCGAUCAAUCAAUAGCUACACAAUUAAAAGAAAUUCAAUACCAAAUAAAUCGUUUGCCAAAUUCAACAGAUCCAGAACAAAUUAUUCAACUUUUAACACUUAGACGUGAUGCAAUGUAUUUGAAAUUUGAUGUUUGUAUACGUAAUAUAUUAGGUGAAACAUUUUUAUCAGUCGGUAAUGAAGAUGCUUAUAAAGAAUUGACGGAAAACAGUCAAUUUCCAUUGUCUGAAUUAUCUAAUUUGCAACGUCCAUGUGUAAAUGCAAUUGAGCUGAGUGUACCAGAACCGUUGGAGCCUAGAGAUGAAAAAGCUCAAGAAAUAUUUCCAUGGCGUGCAAUGAUAAAUCAUUACGGUCCAUUUUUAUUGCUGAAUACAAGUUGGAAACAAAUUGAAUAUAACGUACGCUUAUGUUUAGCUGGAUUAAAACCAGUCGACCGUCCAACUGUACACGGUGAACUGUCAGCUAUGAACUUAACAUUGAAUGAUAUACUUGAAAAUGGAGAUGAAACGGAAAUUUGUGAAAGUGACAGACCAAUAAUUCAAGAGCCUGAAAAUAUGCACCUCAUAUUGGAAAAACGUAACAAAACUCCUAAACAUGAAGGAACAUCUGAAGGUGAUGAACGAGUUGUUGGACAAAAUAAAAACACUGUAAUGCAAAGUGUGAAAGAUUCAAAACUGAAUAUACUAAACACACCGAUUGCAGCCUAUAAACUAAUUAAAAAAUAUUUAAUUUUACGAAAACAAGUUGAAUUAUUAAAAUAUGCAUGGGGAGCACAUCGGCUGGGCAUUGAACGUAUUAACACAUCAAAAACAUUUAAAAUGUUUUGUUCAGUCUAUAAAAGUGAACAGUUAUUUUCAUUAUUACGAAGUCUAUCAGUUCAAUACAAUCAGCCUGACCUAUAUACACAUGCAUCAUUGGAUGAUAAUGAUGUAUUUGUAGUACCUAAAAAUAUUCCAGAAAUGGUUGUUAGACAACGUCAAUUAGGUAAAUUGACUGAAGCAUUUGAAUUGUUAAUGAUAUCGGAUUUACGGAAAUUAAUUAUACGACAAACUGAUAUAGUCAUUAAAGAACGUAAUCGUGAAGAAGGCAAUUUACCAUUAGAAUUAUGGAAACGACCAGCAAUGAAAGGAAUUUUAUCUGUGAAGAGACCAGCAUUAGCAGAAGAAUUUCUCAAUCAGCUAAUUUCACAUGCAGUACUUAAUGAGGAAACUGAUGAUUAUACAAUCACAAAAGAGAAUUUUAAUGUAAUUAUACAAAAUGUAGCUAUCUCAGUGAUGCAUAAUGAAAGAGAAUCAUUUGAACAUUAUUCAAUGUAUUAUGAGAAUUUGUUAAGAAAUCAACAUAAUAUUAUAUAUGCGAAUGAACGUGAAAUACAAGAUCUUCGUGAUAAAUUGCAACAGAAAGAUCUAGAAACUGGUACAACAGUACAAUUUCAAAUGUCUAAACAAGUACAUGACUUAUUGUUAGAGGUUACAGCACUGCGAGCUAGAAUUCUUGAAUUAGAAGAAAUACAUAAAACAAUUGAAGCUGAAGUACGCAAAAGUGUGAGAAAUGAAUUUAAUGAUUCACUUCGUAAGCUAUUUGGUCUCAGUUUCGAACAAAAAUCACGUAUUGAUGAAUAUCGUAAUCAAUUGAAGGCAAUCACUUUACAACGUAUUGAUGAGGUGAGAGAACAAGCUUCUACUGAAUUGUUACGCAUAAAAGAACGAACCGCUGUUGGAAGUUCAGCAGAAGAUGAAUUAACUGAACGUAAUUAUAAUUUAUCUAAAGAAGUGACCAAUUUACAUCAAUAUAAUAUUAGUCUUCAACAAAUGAUGAAUCGUGUGAAAGUGAUGUCACAAUGGCAUCAAACUACAAUGAAAAGUAUAUUUGAAAAACAGCUUGGUACUCUUGAAAAUCAACUACAUCAAAAUAAAACACAUGUUACGCUACUGAGUAUGUUAUCUGAACAAUAUAUACGUUCGUUAAAUGAAGAAAAGACUAAUGUACAAGAACAUUUAGCCGAUACACAAAAACAUUUGAAUGGUCUACGAAUUGCAUUGGAUAAAGAAAUGAAAGAUAAAAUCGACAGAAAACACGCAGCUGAACGAAAAGCUGCUACUGAUAAACAAAUGGCUAUAGUAAAACAAAUGCAUAUUGACCAGCUAAUGAGAGAAAUAACAGAGAAAGAUACUGUACUUAGUGAAAUGAAUACAAUUUUAAAUGAAAGUGCAAAGUCAAGAAAACAAGAAGUUGAUGAAUCAAUACGACAAGUUGAUUUGUUACGUAAACAACUCAAAGAAGAAAAACAUUUAAAGCAAUCAGCUAUACAAAAAGUUGAUGAUCUAAUGUCACAAUUAUAUCAAUUUGAAUCAGUACAAACGGGAUCCUCAGGGAUAAAACAAAAACCCGUAUCAGCUAACUUAUUAGAUCGAGCAGAUAAAAUACGGUCAACUGGGAUUCAAACAAAAGUUCAUGGUGAUCAAGUUCAAAAGACAAGACCAGUUACAGUUGGCAUUCCGUCAUUACGUGAACGUUUAGCUGAGAAAUUAUUGAAGAAUAUACCACCUGAUGCACAUAUACAAUUAGUUAAAUACCAAAAAGAACAAACUUUUAAUGAAUAAUUUAUUUGAUGAAGGAAAAUAGGCAUAGAAACGAAAACAAACAAAGGUUCACAUAAAUUAAGUCAUGUGAACGGAAUCACUUCUUAAUAUAUA